UAUUCUAUCCAGAGGGAGUGCAUAUCAGUACAUAUUGGCCAAGCUGGAGUGCAGAUUGGUAAUGCAUGCUGGGAGUUGUACUGCCUAGAACAUGGAAUCAAGCCUGACGGAAGCAUUGCCUCAGAUAGCACAAAUUCCUCCGCACACCCCUUUUUCAGUGAAACCGAUGGUGGAAAACAUGUCCCCAGAGCUGUGUUUAUCGACCUGGAACCCACUGUUAUUGAUGAAAUUCGGACAGGGAAAACGAGGUCUCUUUUCCAUCCAGAGCAGCUUAUAAGUGGCAAGGAAGAUGCUGCAAAUAACUAUGCCCGUGGACAUUACACCAUUGGAAAGCAGAUGAUAGACAAAGUUAUGGAUUAUAUCAGGAAAACGGCCAGUCAGUGUGGAGGACUUCAAGGAUUUCUCGUUUUCCACAGUCUUGGUGGUGGCACCGGUUCUGGGUUUAGUUCUCUAUUAAUGGAAAAGCUGUCUGUGGAUUACGUGAAAAAAUCCAUUCUGGAAUUCUCCGUUUACCCAGCACCUAGAAUAUCUUCUGGAGUUGUAGAGCCCUAUAACUCAAUAUUGACCACUCACAGCACAUUAGAAUAUUCAAAUUGUGCUUUUAUGGUGGACAAUGAAGCCAUUUAUGAACUCUGUCACCGUAAUUUGAGCAUUGAACGCCCUUCAUAUGUGAAUCUAAAUAGGCUUAUAGGACAGAUAGUGUCUUCUAUUACUGCAUCACUGAGGUUUGAUGGAAUCCUUAAUGUUGAUCUAGUUGAAUUUCAAACCAAUCUAGUGCCUUACCCUAGAAUUCACUUUCCACUUGUCACAUAUUCACCAAUCAUAUCCGUGGAGAAAGCUUACCAUGAACAGUUAUCUGUGCCAGACAUUACAAACAAUUGCUUUGAAGCCAGUAACCAGAUGGUGAAAUGUGACCCCCAACAUGGUAAAUAUAUGGCAUGUUGUCUCUUAUACCGAGGAGAUGUAAUGUCAAUAGAUGUCAAUGCAGCAAUAAUGGCUAUUAAAACUAGGAGGAAUAUUCAGUUUGUAGAUUGGUGUCCUACUGGGUUUAAGGUUGGAAUAAACUAUCAACCUCCAACUAUGGUUCCAGGGGGGGAUUUGGCUAAAGUCCAGCGUGCUGUAUGUAUGUUAAGUAAUACCACUGCCAUUGCAGAAGCCUGGGCUAGACUAGAUCAUAAGUUUGACUUGAUGUAUGCCAAGAGAGCAUUUGUACAUUGGUAUGUUGGAGAGGGAAUGGAGGAAGGGGAGUUCUCUGAGGCAAGAGAGGAUAUGGCUGCCUUAGAAAGGGAUUAUGAAGAAGUGGGAGGAGAAAUAAAUGAUGGCAUGGAUGAUGAUGAUGAUGAUAACAUAAAUUGUUGA